GGCCCGUCCCACCCUCUUUAAUGAUCAUCGCUUCCUAUUCCCUGGUCGCACAACAUGUCUCUCACGUCGCUCCCGGCCGAGUUGCUGGAUUCUAUUUGCGAGCCACUCUCCUCAUACCCAUCCACGCUCUCAAGCCUUGCACUAACCUGUUCUUCUGUCAAUCAAAGCGCGACUCGAGUUCUUUACCAUUCGGUGUCUGUAUCGGCAUAUACCCGCAACCUACCCAUCGUCUGUACGCUGGCCAAUCGACCCGAACUGGCACGUUUAUUGCGCAGAUUUUCGAUCACCAUCGAUGAAUCCAACCACACUCCUCGAGCGUAUUAUGAGCAACUACACGCAGCGCUUCGGGAGAUGCCGCAGCUCGAAUCGCUGGAACUCUUGGUGGAUUCAAAUGCCAGCUGGGUCGUAUCGGGACUCGAUUUCGAGUGGCCUCGCCUAGAACACUUGACGUGCUCCUUUCCACUUGAAACGCAUCUUCUCGGCUUCCUCGCACAUACGCCUCUACUACGGACGUUGCACCUCUCGGAGUGUGCACUUCCAAGCGGUCAAGCUCUGCCUCUCACCCACGUGCCACUGCUGGAAUCGUAUAGCGGACCAGCGUCGUUACUUCCAUUUCUAGCUCCUCGCCCGCUCACCACGAUCCACCUGUCGGGUGACCUGCAACUCGAAAAUAUACCUGCGCCCGCGAGCGCUCCGAGUGCGGGAGAACCUGAACCAAAAUUCUAUUCAUAUCUGGGUCCGAGAGAUUCGGAAAACGGGCACAACUCGGAGGUUCAAGUAUUCAGCGCAAUCACCAGUGCGCCGCCUGCAGAAGUACUCGCGGCGGUCGCGCUGGCGUUUCCCAAGUUAGUCUACCUGAGGCUCAUGACGACCGGUGUGUUCUGGGAAGCGCCUGAUAUGACAUUGCAGACGCAUAUUGCCGCUACGUUGGCCUCGUUGCCUGCACUGACUGUGUUCGAGCUGUCAGGGAUGCAUUGGGUGGCACGUCUUAAGACACCCGGCACCGCUUCAUCCUGGUAUAAAGGCGAUGCUGCUGCGAAGGAGUGGAUAUCCCCUCCAGUGACACCUCGAAUGCUCGCGAUUCCCGUGGAAGGAGAUGUUGACCCAGAGCAUUCAAACAACGAAUUGAACUUUGGUUGGGCUACUCCGCACUGGGUUUAUUAGGCGC